GGGGCUGGGGGGGUUGAAGGUUGCAAACCCCCCCAUUCCUCGGCGGUGUGCGUUUGCCGGGCGGUGAUGGUGCAGGUUCAGCACAAUGAGUUGGCAUCCUGGGUGUUAGCAGCGUGAGGAGACCAGGACGGGUGCUGCCCUGCUUACCCCUUACCCCCUCGCUCAUUCCCCGUGGGGAGACGGGUGCUGGCGUCCCUGCCCUGCCCUUCCGCCCCUUGCCCCCCACUCGCCAUAGAGGGGACGGGCCCGUUAUGGCUGGUGACAGACUCCCACGCAAGGUGAUGGACCCGAAGAAGCUGGCCAGCCUCCUGAGGAACGGAGCGGAGGGCACCCUGGUCAUUGACAGCCGCUCCUUCGUGGAGUACAACUCCUGGCACGUCCUCAGCUCUGUCAACAUCUGCUGCUCCAAGCUCGUCAAGAGGAGGCUUCAGCAGGACAAGGUCUCCAUCACAGAGCUUAUCCAGCCCGCCUCCAAGAUGAAGGUGGAGGCAGAGGAGCACCAGGACGUGGUGGUCUAUGACCAGAGCACGCGGGACGUGACCGGCUUGGCUGCCGACAGCUUCCUCUCCAUCCUCCUGGGCAAGCUAGACAGCUGUUUCCACAGCGUCUCCAUCCUCACAGGAGGCUUUGCUACCUUCUCGUCCUGCUUCCCGGGGCUCUGUGAGGGGAAGCCAGCUGCCAUCCUGCCGAUGAGUAUCUCCCAGCCAUGCUUGCCUGUGGCCAACGUCGGCCCCACACGCAUCCUGCCGCAUCUCUACCUGGGCUCCCAGAAAGAUGUCCUAAACAAGGACUUGAUGACGCAGAACGGGAUAAGCUAUGUCCUCAACGCCAGCAACUCCUGUCCCAAGCCAGACUUCAUCUGUGAUAGUCACUUCAUGCGCAUUCCUGUCAAUGACAACUACUGUGAGAAGCUCCUUCCCUGGCUGGACAAGUCCAUUGAAUUCAUUGACAAGGCCAAGGUGUCCAGCUGCCAGGUGAUUGUGCACUGCUUGGCCGGGAUCUCCCGGUCGGCCACCAUCGCCAUCGCCUACAUCAUGAAGACUAUGGGUAUGUCAUCAGAUGAUGCUUACAGGUUCGUUAAGGACCGUCGCCCAUCCAUCUCACCCAACUUCAACUUCCUGGGCCAGCUCCUGGAGUACGAGAGGAGCCUGAAGCUCCUCAAGGCCCUGAAGUCAAAGGGCGACCGGGGCGAGGGGGACACCCAGCAGGACUCGGCGGAGGCGGCUGAGGGCAGCCGGCAUCCCCCACCACCUACCUCAGAGAAGGCCGAGGAGGUGCCAAGAGGCGCUGGCUCGGCGUCCCCCAACAGUGACCCUGAGCGGCAAGGUGGGACCCCGAAGGUCCUGUCGCCCACCACCCUGCAGCAGGGCCUCAACGGCUUGCACCUCUCCUCCGAGCGCAUCCAGGACACCAACCGCCUGAAACGCUCCUUCUCCCUGGACAUCAAGUCCGCCUACUCCCCCGGCCUGCGGCAGGACCCCCCCGGACCCCCCGGCCCUGGGGACGCCCCCAAACUUUGCAAGCUGGACAGCCCCUCGGGCCCCAGCGGCCUUGGCCCCUUCUCCCCGGGGGCGGACAGCCCCGACCGGCCGAGCGGGCCCGACCUCCUGCUGGAGGCCAAGGUGAGGCAGCGGCGGAAGCACCGGCACCCGGCGGGCUCGCCGGCCCACGGGCUCAUCCUCAAAUGCCCUGCCAAAAAUACUCCUAACAAAGGGCAACAAGAAAACAUAAUUCAAAUGAGGGACAUCUGUUCUCAAAUGUUUGCAGAUAAUGACUGGAUCAAGUGUCUGCAUAAAGGAUAA